CCAUAAACCCUAAAACCCUCUCUCUGGUUGAAAAGCCAGCAAAACCUUCGCCAAAAAAAAUGGCAGGCCAAGCAGCCAACGUCUUAACGAACCUUGCUCGCGCCGCCUUUGGUCUGGGCGCCGCCGCCUCUAUCCUUAACGCAUCGCUGUACACGGUGGAUGGUGGGCAGCGUGCUGUUCUGUUUGACCGGUUCAGGGGAGUGAUCGACGAGACUGUGGGAGAGGGGACUCACUUCUUGAUCCCUUGGCUCCAGAAGCCCUUCAUCUUCGAUAUACGCACCAGGCCUCACACAUUCUCCUCUGUCUCCGGUACCAAAGAUCUCCAGAUGGUCAACCUAACCCUGAGGGUUCUCUCUCGCCCUGAGGUGUCACGUCUUCCCUAUAUUUUCCAACAUCUUGGUCUUGAGUAUGAUGAGAAGGUGCUUCCCUCCAUCGGCAAUGAGGUCUUGAAAGCUGUUGUUGCACAGUUCAAUGCCGAUCAGCUUCUCACUGAGCGUCCUCAUGUAUCUGCCCUGGUCCGAGAAUCAUUGAUUAGACGUGCAAGGGACUUUAACAUUGUGCUGGAUGAUGUAGCAAUUACACACCUGUCAUAUGGAUCAGAGUUCUCAAGGGCAGUGGAGCAGAAGCAAGUGGCACAACAGGAGGCAGAGCGUUCUAAAUUUAUUGUCAUGAAGGCUGACCAGGAGAGGAGGGCUGCUAUUAUCCGUGCGGAAGGUGAAAGUGAGGCUGCUCAGCUCAUUUCUGAUGCCACUUCAAAAGCAGGCAUGGGCCUGAUUGAGCUAAGGAGGAUUGAGGCAUCAAGGGAGAUAGCUUCAACUCUUGCUAGGUCACCAAAUGUGGCAUACCUGCCUGGUGGACAGAACAUGCUCCUGGCUCUCAACUCCAGCAGGCCAUGAUGGAACUGCCUGAAUAAAAAGGUUCUUAUGGUGGAUGGUUUACGGUGCCUUGGAUCAUAUAAUUGUGAAUCUGCUUAGGUCGUUGCCUUUUCUGUCAGAAACAUUUUGGGAUUAAAAACUUCCUUAUGUCUGAAAAUCAACUUUGAGGCACCAAUUGUUUAGUCUUAAGAAUCAAGAAAGUUGUUUCUCCAAAGUUGUUGAGGUACUUUGCUUUGAUGUUGAGCUGGGGUGCGUAUAUUGAAAGUGAUUUUAGAUCUCCAAAGAUUAGAUAUAUGCUUUCUUUUCUUACCAGGUGUUGGUAUCAAUAAUAUUUGCUUAUGUUAAAGUUUAAAAUGAUGAUUGAUGAGUUCUGCUAGUCUCAUCAUCUUCCAUUUUGGCAACACUACUGUGUUUAUGAUUUCAAUCCCUUCCUUU